UGCCCUGGAAUAGGUGGAAAGCUCGAACGCCUGUGUGCAUUUACGGUGGGGGCGUGGCCCGCCCGCGGUUUAGUCAGACUGCGCGGCCGGACGCCGGCGCCAUGGAGGAGUACGCUCGGGAGCCUUGCCCAUGGCGAAUUGUGGAUGAUUGCGGUGGCGCCUUCACUAUGGGUGUUAUCGGCGGUGGAGUCUUCCAGGCCAUUAAGGGCUUCCGCAAUGCCCCUGUCGGAAUUCGGCACCGAAUGAGAGGCAGUGUCAACGCUGUGAGGAUCCGAGCCCCUCAGAUUGGAGGUAGCUUCGCAGUGUGGGGGGGCCUGUUCUCCACCAUCGACUGCGGUCUGGUGCGGCUGCGGGGCAAGGAAGAUCCCUGGAACUCCAUCACCAGUGGAGCAUUGACCGGGGCUGUGCUGGCUGCCCGCAGUGGCCCAUUGGCCAUGGUGGGCUCAGCAAUGAUGGGAGGCAUUCUGUUGGCCCUCAUCGAGGGUGUUGGCAUCCUCCUCACUCGCUACACUGCCCAGCAGUUCCGCAAUGCACCCCCAUUCCUGGAGGACCCCAGCCAGCUGCCCCCUAAGGAGGGUACCCCAGCCCCAGGCUACCCCAGCUAUCAGCAAUACCACUGAGGAAGUGACCGCCUGUCAUCGCCACCGUGGGAGCUCCUCCUUGGUUCCCUCCGCGAUGAUCUACCUCGAAGGGAGGGCUGGCUCCCGGUUGGCCCUGGGACCCUCCAGAGAGGGCCUCUACUCUGUUCCCUUAUCCCAGGUUGGGGGUGGGGCACCCCAGCUGCCCUGAUGGGUGGGUCCCUUCUCUCUCAGGCACCCCAGCCCCCACUCAUAUGUAACAAGCUCUCACCCCAGUCCCUUUGCAUGGCGCCCUGAUCAGUAUUUAAAGCCAGUUUUGAAAUGCC